GUUCUUGCCUGGGCAUCCAGAGCAGACUUGGUGUUCUUGGUGUGGCAGGGUCUUCUCCUGACGCGUUUGUGUGCUGUGCCAGCCUGCGCCAGAUUGCGCCACCUGGUCUUGCCCAUUAUCAAAAUUACAGCGUGUUCUUCCCUAUCAGGGUUGGGAGAGACGGUCGGGAGGAGGGGAGCAGUUGCCGCCUCCGUGUGGGCUGUCCAGCGAAGCCCCUGAUUGCUCCUCCAUGUCACGGCUUCCCAUCCGUGCCUGCCACAGGGAGCUGUUCCUGGGCCGAGAGCAGACCGCACCGACUGCGUUCGCUGCUAACCAUCGCUUGCUUGCUCGUCGGUGUUGCUGAGCCUGCUCUUAUCCUUCCUACUAUCAGUUUUAAUGAGAAAACUCUACACCCCGCAGCUUGGUUUUGCGAGGGAUGCCAAAGACGUCACCGAGGAAAGCCAAAUAGGAUGACCAGCGCACUUUGUUAAUGAGCGGAAGACUAAUGAAGUUUUUAAUUAGCAGGUGUGCAGGGGUGAGAAGAAGGUGCAGUGAGACAUGCACAUCGUGACAGCAGAAGCAUUGCGCUAAAGGCACCAGCUGCGCGCUUGAAGUUGCCCCUGAUGGAGCAGGAGCUUCUUGUGCUUCGCUGGCCCGGGUCGUGCUUCCCACCAGCCGGGCAGACCAGGGCGGCAGCACCUCGGGGACGCUGCCUGAACCUCUCUGUUGGGUUUGGUUGGAGAAGGAUGGGCAGCUGUGCCCAGCUCAGAGCAGUGGUGAGCAGAGAGGAGGGAGACGCCGUGUGGAGCUGCUCCGAGCUGUGGAGCUGCUCCCGGACCGAGGGCUUGCUGCCAUGGUGUUAGGCAAACGCCAGGCAGCCCCUCAUUCCUGCAGGAUCCCUGCUGGCCGCUCAGCCUCCAGCUCAGCUCAGGCUAGUGCGCGCUGUGUUCUGCUCUGCCUUUGGCCUGCCUCAGCUGCUGGACUUACAGGUCUUGUUGCUGGACCAGAGCUGCCGCUGCAUCCUCCCGUCAGGCCUGGGUGUCCUUCGGUGAGCAGCAUCCCCUGGUCCGUGUUCCCUGGAGCCUACGCUGAGGCCGUGCACCCUGUCAGCCUGGAAAAUGAAGUGUCCGCUCUUUGUGGAAUGAGUGAGCACCAGCCUGCAUCAAAGGCUCCCAUUAUUCUCCUUUUCUGCUGCCUGAAACAAGGCCUUUGGCCAGCUGGUCCCACCUGCCUCUGGGCAGUGCGCGAGCGCUGGGCGCUGGUGCCAGGCUGCUCCCGUGUCUGCCUGUUGCACGUUAAAAGCGCUGUUCUGGAAGCAGAGCGCCAUUAAUUACAGCCCUAGUGAGACAGGCUAUCGCUUCUGAUGAGGAUCUCCUGAGGGCUGCUUUAAUAGCACUGUCAGAUGUGUCUGCAUUCCUAUGUGGAGCAAUUACGUACCCCGUGUAAUUUGCCCACUGGUUGAGGCGUUCUUCCACAAGAUACGAUACUCAUUCACGUUCCGUGGCGCUUGGUGUUUUCUUCCUGCUUUAGUUUGGCAGCUGGUGGCAGCCAGGGUGCUGGUGGUCUCAGGAGGGGACCCUUCUUCCAAAAUUCUUCUCUGCAGCACCUCAGGCCCUUUAGGAGAGAUCUCUGCUCUUCCCAGGGGUGUUUUGUGGCAGUUUUGUCCAGUUUGUAUGUAAUACAGCCGCACCGGUGCCAGGCCCUUUGUGGUGUCGGUGCCUGCUGUGGGGCUUUGGUAUUCCUUGACCAGACGGGUGGGGAGGGUACGUAGCUACUGGCCAGGCACUGUUUUGCUCUGCUGAGUUGCCCCGAGUCCUAAAGGUUCCGAUUUCCCACAGGUGGGCUGACGUCCCCCCGUGGAGAUGCCAACCUGCGAGGCGACGGGCACGUCUUGACCUUGCAGGUGCUGCAUCAGCAGGGGCGCAGAUGGCGUUUGCCCAGGCACCCAUUUCCAGCCUGGUGUGUUCCUUCGCUGUUCAGGAGAUGCCGGCAGCUCCUCCAGUCUCUUCUGCCGUCAGCACUGUUGGAGCCCCCUGCCUCCUCUUGUGAGCCCUGUAUCCCAGUUUGCAGCCCUCAGGGCUCCAGAAGCCUCUUUUGGGUAGAGGCGCCUCUGGGCUGGCUUGCUGAGCGGAGCCCAGGGAACCCGUGAUGCCUUCAGCUCGCCCCCAGACAGACGUGCCUUCUCUCGGGGUCUGGAUUUCAGAGGUGCCUUUGGUGCCCUCUCUACGUUUACACGUUGUUGUCUCCAGGAGCCUGCUGGUGGGGACGCUGAUCUAGAUGGGCUUCUCAUCCCUCGUGCGGAAUUUGCAGCCGCUGCACAUUUGUGUGGCAGCCACCUGGGCACGGGGGAUGGCUGCAAUGAGCUUGUUUCUCGGCCGGGGCAUGGGGGCCUCCAGAGCCUGAAGAAGUCCACUGGAGAUCACCAGAGCGCCAGGAUCAGAUACGGGAGGCUGUGUUUAGGGAAAAGACCUGCACGCACCAGCAGAUUUUUCCUCUAGAUUGGUGGUUAGCAAGGCGGAAAGAAGCCGCAGCGCUGGUCUGGCACCUCCCAAACGCCGAGGAGCGAUGGCUCCUCCCUUGGCAGCUGCUUUCUCCCCCCACCCUUUUGCCUUGUAUAUAAGGCCCCCUCGGAGCAGCCUCGGCACAGCACAUCCCACUCCGGCGAGGCAGACAGCGAGCCGCACCUCCAGUCCCAGCACCUCUGCUCCAGGAGAGUGAACCAGAAGGCCGUCAGCAUGGACAGAUGCAGAGCUCAGUGCUACGAGUACCCCACCUGCCCGGAGGCUGUGAAAGCUCCUAGAGAGGAGGUUGCCUACGUGACCUGCACCUACAGGGAAACCUGCGUGGAGCAGCCUGACUUCCUGGCCACCAUUGACCUCAACCCCAGAUCUCCCUGUUACUGCCAGGUGAUCCACCGCCUGCCCAUGCCCAACCUCAAAGACGAGCUGCAUUCCUCGGGGUGGAGCGCUGGCUGCGCCUGCUUUGACACUGCCACACCGAGGAGGAACAAGCUGAUUCUUCCCUGUUUGAUUUCCUCCCGCAUUUACGUGGUGGAUGUGGGUUCCCAGUGCCGGGCUCCCAAGCUGUGUAAGAUGAUUGAGCCAGUGGAUGUCUUCUGGAAGUGCAACAAGGGAUACCUCAGCGUAGUGCACAGCCUGCCUAAUGGUGACAUCCUGAUUGCCAACAUGGGAGACCCAGCUGGCAACGGGAAAGGUGGAUUCAUUGUGCUGGAUGGAGAGACCUUUGAGCUGAAGGGGAACUGGGAGAAUGAGUGUGAAGCCCCCCCGACUGGAUACGACUUCUGGUACCAGCCGCGCCACAACGUUCUCAUCAGCUCUGCCGGACUGGUCCCAAAACGCGCGGGACGCGGGUUUAAUCCUGACGACUUGAAGAAAGGGGUCUUUGGGCGCCGCCUGAACGUGUGGAACUUGUCCUGCCACACCCUCACCCAGUGCUUCGACCUGGGGGAGGACUCUCUGCCCCUGAGCGUGAAGUUCCUCCACAACCCCGAUGCUGCCGAGGGAUACGUCAGCUGUGCCCUGAGCGGCAUUGUCUACCGCUUCUACAAGUGCGAGAGAGACAACUGGGCCGUAGAGGAGGUGAUUCGGAUACCGGCCAAGGACGUGACAGGAUGGAUUAUGCCCAAGAUGCCAGCCUUCACGGUGGACCUCGUCAUCUCAACGGAUGACAAGUACCUGUACCUCAGCAACUGGCUGCACGGAGACAUCCGCCAGUAUGAGCUCUCCAAGACCUGCAAGCCCAGGCUGGUGGGGCAGGUGUUUGUGGGAGGCAGCAUCCUCAGAGGGGGACCCGUCACCGUGUGCAGAGACGAAGAGCUGAAGUGCCAGCCGGACCCCUUGGUGGUCAAGUGCAAGAGAGUGUACGGCGGCCCCAGUAAAAUGCAGCUCAGCGUGGACGGCAAGAGGCUGUACGUCACCAACUCCUUCUACAGCACGUGGGACAAGCAGUUCUACCCGAACUUGGUCAGGGAAGGCUCCGUCAUGCUGCAGAUUGAUGUGGACACUGAGAAGGGCGGCCUGUGCGUGAACAAGAACUUCCUGGUGGAUUUUGGGAAGGAACUCAACGGGCCUUGCCUUGCCCAUGACAUCCGCUUCGCUUCCGGAGACUCCACCUCCGAUAUCUUGGCCUAGGCGCCCUGCGACAGGCUCCCUCCUCCUCUCUCUUCUGUGGUGCAGCCGUCAGGGAGCAGCGUAGGAUCGUUGGGUUCGGGGGUCCCCACGCCUUGCUGGAGUCUGGGUUUCUGCUGACAGGAGCUGCGGGAGCUCCGCGUCACCGCGCGGGGCUGGGUCAGGCAGAGCAGUGCACGGAGGCACAGGGCACGUGGUCAGCGCUGUUCCCAGUGCCGAGCGGUCCCCGGGCCCGAGGUGCGGAGCAGAGCCGGGGCAGCUGCUGCGGUACGGAGCUGUGCAGCGUGCGGUGCCUCAGAAGGAGGGGAAGCACCCACUUUGUCGGCGUUACUGUUCUUCAGCCAGGUCGUUCCUGGACACUCUUCCCGCGGCACGAGAGCCUCCUGGCUGGCUUCUCGGUGCUGGGGCCGCCCCGCGUCAUCCCUCCAGGGCUGUCACGCGCUUGGGUUUGGAAAGAAGUGCCUGCUUCCUGACACCGGUUUGCUCCUGUCUUCUGCUUUAAACAUGAAUAAAAUUGUC